CCUGCGCCAUGUCUCUCCCCUCCUCCCGCGUCUCGUGUCGGCGGGGCCAUGGCGCUGCAGGUGCUGCGCGGCCUGCCCGGGGCAGCGAAGUCAUCACUGCUGUGCAGCUCUCGGAGGAGCACCAGCUGUAAGACAGGAGGAAGAUCUGAACCUGCUAAGCAGCCACUCAGGAAACCGAGGUUACCAGUGGGUCGAUUUGAUGAGCCGGAGGAGUUCAGUGUAGAGAAGGAACCCCUGGAAAAAUUCCCUGAUGGAAUCAAUCCUGUUACAAAAGAGAGGGGUGGACCGAAAGGCCCUGAACCUACACGUUUUGGAGACUGGGAGCGAAAAGGACGUUGUAUAGAUUUUUAAUGUACAAAUAUGUCUGUAUAGCUAAUAAAACAUUUCUAUUUGUUGAAAAAUAUAAUGUACAGAAAAUCUCACCUGGGUUUGUGGUGAAGCUGCUUGUUUCUGUCAUGCUUGUGAUGAAUUUUCUGAGAGGUGUUAUGUAAAUAAACAUGAUGGUGCAGCUCAACUCUCGGAGCUGUUAUUUGCUCAACGUACACCUGAUCUUUAAUGCUAUUUAUUUACACUAUGCAGGUGUAAAUAGUGAUGUGAAAUUGGUAGUCAGGAGCGUACUAAGAUGUGUAAGGGCUUGGAUUUCUUUAUGUAUUUCAACAUUUAUGUAAUGUCUCAAAAGUGCUGGCAGAGUUUUGCACUUCAUGACCUUAGAUGCUGUUUAUCAGAAGUACAGCCACCUCCGAGGAGAUCAGAACUUGGCUGGUCUCAGCCUUUUGCACAGUGGUUCAUUGGUAAAAGUGCCCUUAGCCAAGAACCGUCCCCUCUGUCUCUGAGAACAAGUUGGGGUUCCUCUUGUUGGUGGAGAGGGGAUGGAAACUCAGUUUUACCUCAUCUGACUGACGGCUGUGAAUGGCAGGAUGGAAACGGAGGCUUAAUUCUGAGAGGAUCAACUUGCGAUGUCGAGUAGUGCAGGGGUGCUCUGUGCUGGUUCAGAGUACAGUGACUAUUUGCCAGUGCUAUUUGCAGUAUCUUUUUCUUGAUGAAUGGAGAUGCCAGUUUGAAAACUAGCUAAAUACUGCUCGGGGAAGGAUACCGUUGCUUUCUGACACCACCUGGUCAAAGGGGACUGAACACAUUAGAAGAUCUCAUAUCGCAGGUCUUAAAACUAAGUUACCUGGCAUUGAACUAGGUAUCUUUCAGUCAGUCUGAGAUCAGUUCUUAAAUCAAGACUUUGCCCAGUUGAAAGUACUGUAGCAGAGUGCAAAUCUCCCACUUGCGUGGGUACUUACUAAUAUGAUCAAGCUGUCAUUAUUAAAAUGUGUGAACAUAC